AUGUAUAUUAAUAAAUUACUUUUAAAUAUCUUGUUCUUAUUUAUACUUUAUUUGUCAGUUUCUGUAGCCGUUAAUUUAAGAGCAAGCAAUGUGGGUAUACAGAAGGUAACUAUACAAUCACUUACUGAAGUACCUUAUAGAACUAUUGAAAUAAGGACACCAGUAGAUGGUUUACUUAUUCAACAGAAUAUUGAAGAGUUAGGUUUACAUUCUCCAGGAACAGCCUUUGUUAUAAUGGCUGAAGGUGAUCAAUAUUACAAAAGUACGAUCACUACUGGCAAAGGAAAUGUUUCUGUUAAUAGAAUAGUUGAAGCUGGCAGAAAUGUGUACAUUCAGAUGUUCCGUGAUUUUGAAGCUGUAUUUAUUAGAAAUAAGAAGCCUGGGCAGAAAAUAUUCCGUAAUGAAUUAUUAGCUGUAGUUAAGGUCAGGAAGACUUUGCCAGGUGAGAAACCAAUUAUUAAUAAGUUACCAAGAUCUGUACCAACUAUGCGUAUUAAUUCAACUUCUACUGAAGUGAUAUUGGCCAAUACAACAAUAUCUGAACACUUAACAACAACUACUACAGUGACUCCCAAAUAUAGUGAAACUAAAACUGAUACCUAUUUAGAUAUUGAGACCCAAUCUUUUAAUGAAGAAGAUGAUACAAGGUAUGGGGAAUUUUCUAAUCUAUCUGAAUUUACAUCUGAUUCUGAAAGUGAGGUCUCUGAUCAGAAUUCUAAUGAAGGGAAGUUUGAGAGACAAGCCCAAGGUACUAAUAGCUUAGGUUCUGUUAAACCUAGAAGUGAUGAGAUAUCAUCAAAAUAUAUUGGGAGAUCUCCUGAAGAAGACCAAAUACCACUAGAAGAUUUUGGAGGUCCAGGUCCAGUUAUCCCUGAAGAAGACCAAAUACCAUUAGAAGAUCUUGGAGGUCCAGGUCCAGUUAUCCCUGAAGAAGACCAAAUACCAUUAGAAGAUCUUGGAGGUCCAGGUCCAGUUAUCCCUGAAGAAGAUCAAAUACCAUUAGAAGAUCUUGGAGGUCCAGGUCCAGUUAUUCCUGAGAAGGAUCAAAUACCAUUAAAAGAUCUUGGAGGUCCAGGUCCAGUUAUCCCUGAAGAAGAUCAAAUACCAUUAGAAGAUCUCGGAGGUCCAGGUCCAGUUAUUCCUGAGAAGGAUCAAAUACCAUUAAAGGAUCUUGGAGGUCCAGGUCCAGUUAUCCCUGAAGAAGAUCAAAUACCAUUAGAAGAUCUCGGAGGUCCAGGUCCAGUUAUUCCUGAGAAGGAUCAAAUACCAUUAAAAGAUCUUGGAGGUCCAGGUCCAGUUAUCCCUGAAGAAGAUCAAAUACCAUUAGAAGAUCUCGGAGGUCCAGGUCCAGUUAUUCCUGAGAAGGAUCAAAUACCAUUAAAGGAUCUUGGAGGUCCAGGUCCAGUUAUCCCUGAAGAAGAUCAAAUACCAUUAGAAGAUCUCGGAGGUCCAGGUCCAGUUAUUCCUGAGAAGGAUCAAAUACCAUUAAAAGAUCUUGGAGGUCCAGGUCCAGUUAUUCCUGAGAAGGAUCAAAUACCAUUAAAAGAUCUUGGAGGUCCAGGUCCAGUUAUUCCUGAGAAGGAUCAAAUACCAUUAAAAGAUCUUGGAGGUCCAGGUCCAGUUAUUCCUGAGAAGGAUCAAAUACCAUUAAAAGAUCUUGGAGGUCCAGGUCCAGUUAUUCCUGAGAAGGAUCAAAUACCAUUAAAAGAUCUUGGAGGUCCAGGUCCAGUUAUUCCUGAGAAGGAUCAAAUACCAUUAAAAGAUCUUGGAGGUCCAGGUCCAGUUAU